AUGCAGGUGACUUGCAUUUUGAGGUCUGGGUUGCUGUGUGUCAUUCUGUCGCUUGCCAUUGCCAAGCACAAGUCAGCUUCCCUCACCAGAAGUUGUUCCCCGAGGGGAACGCUGUCCCAAGCGGUUGACACACUCUAUCUCAAGGCGGCAUGGCUAAAAGCAACGAUUCCCGAAGACAGCAUAAAAAACAUACGAUUAUUAAAGAAGAAAACAAAAAAGCUAUUUAUGAAAAACUGCAGAUUCCAAGAACAGCUUCUGUCCUUCUUCAUGGAAGACGUUUUUGGUCAACUCCAAUUGCAAGUUUGCAAGCAAAAAGACUUUGUGGAAGAAUUUCAUAGCCUUAGGCAGAAAUUGAGCCGUUGUAUUUCCUGUGCUUCCUCAGCUAGAGAGAUGAAAUCCAUUACCAGGAUGAAGAGAACAUUUUAUGGGACUGGAAACAAAGGAAUCUACAAAGCCAUCAGUGAACUGGGAAUUCUUCUUUCCUGGAUUAAACAAUUCCUGGAGAGUGUUAAGUAA